CUGUGGAAACUCUCUGGGGGAACAGAGAAAGUGACAGGAGAAGGAAGGACUGCUACACAUUUCAUCAAGGAAGAUCAGUGGAGCUAAUUUACAGCUUGAGCGACAAAAAGGGGGGAGAAUUCAAGCAUUUUUAUUUUUGCUUUUCAGUCACAUGCCUGCUAUCCCUCAUUACCCUUUCCCUUGUCAGUCCUAAACCUCUUCGCGUGCAACCUUUGCGUGUGGCCUGUUCAGGCAUGCCCCCAAACGGAAUUAACAGGGCCCUGAAGCUGCAGUUUGGCCUCAUCAACUAUGAGAACCGCUACCUGACGGCUGAGGCGUUCGGCUUCAAGGUGAACGCCUCGGCCAUCAGCAUGAAGAAGAAACAGAUCUGGACCUUGGAGCAGGACGAGCAGGAUGGCCAGGUAGUGUUCCUCCGAAGCCACCUAGGACGCUAUCUGGCCUCUGACAAAGAUGGGAAGAUCACAUGUGGGGCAGAGAAGCCUGACCCCGAAUGCCGUUUCCUUAUCGUGCCCCAGUCUGAUGGUCGCUGGGCGCUUCAAUCGGAGCCUUUCCUGCGUUACUUUGGAGGCUCGGCCGACUACCUCUCCUGCUUUGCUCAAGCCAUCGGGGAGCAAGAGCUGUGGGCUGUCCACUUGGCUCUACACCCACAGGCUAGCCUGCUGAGCGUGGCUCGUAAGCGCUAUGCCCAUCUGUCUGCCUCAGAUGGAGAGAUCUCAGUGGACAGCAACAUUCCCUGGGGGGUGGACUCCCUCGUCACCUUGGUAUACCUGGACGGCAAGUACAGCCUGAAGACCUGCGACAGCCGUUUCCUCAGCAAUGAUGGCAAACUGGUCAAGGAGAACACCAACGCAACCAGCUUCACAUUGGAGCUGAAGUCUGGCAAGCUGGCCUUUAAGGACUGUGAUGGGAAAUACCUGACACCGGUGGGUCCCACAGGAACGCUGCGAUCUGGCAGAUGCUCCAAGCCCGGAAAAGAUGAGCUGUUCGAUCUAGAGGAGAGUCAUCCACAAGUAGUCUUUCAAGCCGCCAAUAAAAGAUUUGUCUCAGUCAAGCAAGGGGUGAGUAUUUCAGCAAAUCAGGAUGUGGAGACAGACAUGGAGACCUUCCAGAUGGAGAUUGACAAGGAGAGCAAAAAGUCUAUGUUCAGGACCAACGGUGGAUCCUACUGGACCCUCGUCUCUCACGGAGAGAUCCAGUCCACUGCCACGGAAGUAGAGGUCAACACAAUGUUUGACAUCGAGUGGCGAGGACAGAGGGUCGCUCUCAAAGCAAGUAAUGGAAAGUAUGUGUGUACGAAGAAGAAUGGGCAGCUCUCAGCCGUCAGCGAUGCAGUCGGUAAGUGCUUUCAGGCAAGCCACUCAAGUUCCAAUGUCUGUUUGAAGAUGCAGCCACCAGGUGACAACGAAUUAUUCCUGAUGAAACUCAUCAACCGCCCAAUGCUGAUCCUCAGCGGGGAGAACGGCUUUGUGUGCCACCACAAGAACUCCAACACCCUCGACGCCAAUCGAUCUGUCUAUGACAUUUUCUCGUUGAUCUUCAAUGAUGGCGCCUACAACAUAAAAAGUGUUAAUGGAAAGUUCUGGUACGUCUCUAGCAGUGGCCUUGUGUGCUCAGAUGGAGAAAAGCCAGAGGACUUUUUCCUUGAGUUCCUGGAACAUGGACGCGUCGCCAUCAAGGGCUCCAACGGCAAAUACCUUCGUGGAGACCAGGGAGGUACGCUUAUGGGCGAUGGCACAACUGUUGAUGCAUCUGCUCUUUGGGAGUACUGAUCCCUUUCAGUCAGGGUCAGGGCGCAGGACCCCCUUCUACCAGCUCAAAUUAAGCGGACUAACGGGUAGCAUUUUCCUGCCUGUUUUUAUACCAGCUGCCAGGUGCCCGAUACCAUGUUUUGUUUUGUUUGUUUGUUUUUUUAAUUGGGAAGAAGUGAACACUUUAGGGAUAUAUGGACGUGUGGUUAUGCUUGUUAAUGUAAAAUGAUUUGUCUUUUAAAUGACAAUGCCAACAUGAAACAACACAUACUGUGUAAAAUUGUUUAACUUCACAAAUACGGAUUAAGAUAGUAACUGUCCUUAUUCUUUCAGAUACUCCUUAUUCUAUAUACUGUAGGUACAGUAACAAAUAUGUGUUAGUGAAGCCACACUGAUCAGUUAUGCGAUAGAGAGAACAUAAACAAAGAGACACAUCUUCUUUUGAUACAUUUUCUGUUUAGCCUAUUCAGAAAGCAUGGCCAUGGGAGAAACAUUGAGUCCUUCUGUUGCUGCUGAAUUUCACAGGCUAAAUAGAGUUAAUAUCUCUAAUAUUUUUCUCUCCAUCAAAACUGAUCCAAAGCUGGCAGUGAAGGACAACAUUAGGCCUGAAAUACACUGACACAUGCUUACUGAAAAAUCAAGAGAAACAAACAGAUGAUGAUGGAUCAAUGAGACUGCAUCUUUUUUUCGAAAAACAGAGAUACGAUACUUACACAUGGAAUUAAUUUACUUUGGCUAAGAUGACAAUACUUGAGUUGACUAUUGGACUUUGUUAAACAUCUAUCAACAGUCACAUUACGUGUUUACAAUUUUAAAUGACUACUUUGACAUGUUCAAUAAUCACUGAUUUCACUUGAAGCACCAAGGUAAUGUACCAUUGUCCUCAAAAACCAGAAUGGCUGCUUCCAAGAGCGUUUUCAUUCCUUUAAAUCGACAGCUUUCUUUGUAAAUGAAAAUAUACUCGACCGGAUAGUUAGCACUGGCUCAGGCACAUCUGCAAUCAGCAUCGCUACAAACACUGAAAUACAUUUUUAGUCAGAGACGUGUAACACAUGUAGGAUCACAGAGAUCAGACUUGUUCAAGAACAAAGACUAUCAGCAGAAAAUGUCAGGGACAUGCAAGAAACCAAACGGGGAGCACAUUUAGAGCAUUUGAUGGACUACAUAUAUCAUUUUUAAUGUAUCAGGUGUGAACUCAGAAAGUGCUUCUCUAGUGUUCUGCCUAGGGGCCUUAAACUAUACUGCACUCCACAUCCCUUUAUGCCCUGUUCUCCUGUUCAGAGUCGGGUGGCAAGAUUAAAAGACAGAAUGGAUUCACAGAGCAGAUAUUUUAACAGAUUACUUACUGGAAUACUUACAAGUGGAAAAGAGGAGUCCAUCACAGCAGUGACGUUGUUUAAAAAGAUCAGGCAGAAGCAACUGUAUUUGGAUACAAAUCUUAAAGUAGUGCAUGUUUUCAACCACUCACAUGACAGAAUGCCAUGCAUUCCAUUUGUGAAGGGAAUGCUAUGUGCAUUCCCUUUAUUUCGUUGUUGUCAGGGAAACCCAUCUUCAGUGUCAGAGUUACAUGAAAACAUGUAACAGAGAUUUGCCUUCCCUCUGCUUCCCAUCUAUAUGCACAACUAGGCCAAGAAAACCCCGCUGAAACUGAUAUGAAUCUUCUGGUGUGACAGCUAACAACUGUAUUUCACAAAAGUAACCUGUGAUCGGUCGCCUCUAGUAUAGCACAGCCUUUUUCAAGGGGGCACUUUGUAUUGAUUACGGACUCCAGACACCCAUCAAUCAAACUGCUAAGGGGCGCAAGCUGCCCAGAGUUUUAUUGGCCCAGAUGUUGGUGUGCAGCACAGAUGACAACCUGAACCUGUCCACAAUUUACCCUGUUGAUUAUUAUUUUAUUUUUUUUGUCAAUUAUUUCCCAGGAAAAAAAAUAAAAAUCUGCUGUAGUUCAA